AUGUUCCUCCUCAUUGACAUCGAUAACACCCUCUACAAAUACAGUGAGACCGGUUUUGAUACUGUAAUAAAAUCACUGAUUGUUAAGUUUAUUCGUGAAUGCACUGAUCUCUCAAUGGAAACGAUGAAAACACUCCCAUGGGAACAUUAUUUGUCCAAUGGCAUCUCCUUGUUAGAGUUUCUUAAAGAUCACGGUGUUUCUGCAAAGGACUUUACUGAUUAUAUGCAUCAGUGUUCGUACCAUAAGAUAAAAGUAAAUGUGCAUCUCGAAGAUAUGCUGAACCGUUUGAAAGGUGCCGAUUAUGUGACUACCCGAUCAGAUGAAAAGGAUGAUCAUAUCUUGGUAAACGGUGCUUAUGCUUCUUCAACAAGCGCGAUCGAUUGUGGGGAUGGUAAGCGGCAUUACUUGUACUUCUUUACCAAUGCUAAUCGUUCACACGCGCGCCGAAUUCUCGAGUCUCUCGGCCUCAGGUCUGUCUUCACACGUCAACGACAGACGGCGUCACUUAACCAGUACUAUCACUACAGCUACGACAUGGACGGAUACGAGGAAGAUGUGGAUUGGGUUGGUUUCAGCUACGAGGAUCAGUGGCGGCUUACCGAACCAGAAAUCACCAACAAACCCGCACGGCGAGCCUAUGAAGCGAUAUACCGCGCGCUUGAAGAAGACAUUAUGCGGGAUGAAAUGCAAUGGGGUGUCGCCCCCUCCAUUACCAACUUCCCUUCUCUCGAUGCGGAGCCCGUAGCGAUGACAGACGACCUUCCCUCCCUUCUGAAAAAAGAGGUUCCGAGCGGAAAGAAUGACGAGGUGGACGAGGUCGAGACGUAUGAGAGCUGGGAUCAAAAGCAUAGAGCUGAGCGCGCCCGGCGGCUACUAUUACACAAGCGUAUGAACCUACAUCCAGACAGGAUUGCUAUGGUGGAUGACUCACUCACAAAUCUGAGGGAGCCCUUACUAUUGGGUUGGAAAGCGGUCUGGUGUGUACCUGGAGGUGAAACGCUGCCUGACGAAGAACCUUACCAAGAGGCCUAUCGAAACGGUUCACUGAAGAUUAUUCAUGAUAUUUUGGAGCUGGAAAAAGUUAUUAAUGCAUGGGAUGAUGAGUUUUAG